AGAUAUUGGAAAAACCAUUGAAAGAGGAUUAUUUUAUGUAUUUAGCAUCAAGAGCCAAUUGUAUAAGCUGUAAGGUUGAAUGCAUAUUAGUUAAAGACGAUUGCAGAGUAAUCGCAACUGGGUAUAAUGGAGCACCCAAAUACAUAGAUAAUUGCAUUGAUGGUCGUUGUGAACGUUGUAAAGAGGAAGGAAGGGAUAAUUGUAUAUGUAUACACGCGGAAGAAAAUGUAUUAUUGAUAGCUGGAAGGGAAGCAGAGGGUUGUACCCUUUAUUGUACUACGUAA